AUGAAAAACAACAAAAGUAGGGGGGGAAAUAAAAAGAAAGUCGAAAGGGCAAAGGGCGGGGGUAUUAUCCCUGGGAAUUUGGACUCCCCAAAAAUUGCCCUUCAAAAUGGGGGUGCUAUAGACGAGCAGAAAGGGGAAGCCAGAGAAGGCACCCAUGUGGAGGUAACGCAACAGGAAGACCAAAACAAACCUAGCGAUGGUCAUCAAACUGCAGAUGAAAAUUUUGAAGGGGAUAAAAUGAUAAGCGCCAGCCCGUCCUCCGUGUGCGCACCUGUGCAGGUGCCCCCCUCGGGGAAGAAGGUGGAAUGCCCCAAAAAGGAAAGCAACAGGAAGAAGGCACAGAAAGGGAGGGCGGUCGUCAAAAAGGGCGCCGCUUCCCAUGCCGUUUCUGUUGCCGCUGCCCCUGCCUCUGCCGCGGGUGAUAUGAACAUGGAGAAGGAAAAACAAAGCGGCAACAACAAAAAGAGGAACAAACCGAGCAGUGGGAAAAACUCCAAAAAGGGUGAACAGAAGGUCACCCCCGGGGAAGACAGCAAAAAGGGGGUGGAAGAAAAGACGAAAGGGGAGAUUGCAUACGAAGGGACUACCCCCAUUAACGAACAACCCGUAAUAGGCAGCGACUUAGAGCAAAGUAACGCAGAAAGAGAAGCCGCAAUCAUCUCACCUGAUCAUCAAAUGUUGGAGAGCGAGGCAGGUAAAAAUUGUGAGGACCCCCACGUGGAUUUGGGAAAUGCCAGUGGAGUGAAAAUAAAUGCAAAUAAAAAGAGGAAGAUAAGCAAAAGGGGAGAAGCGGACGGGCAAAGCGGAACGGGCAUACAGAACGAGAUGAGCAAGCAAAACCAAACGAGCGAGCAAAACGAAACGAACGAGCAAAACCAAACAAACGAGCAGCGCGAGAGGAAGGACGGCCAAGGAGCCACCUCACAGCCAGACACGACCAGUGACGAACGUAGGGCCCCCCCCGAGACAACCACCUUGGUCGAAAAGAACCAAAAAAAAACGGCCAGCAAAAGCGAAGCGGUAAAUAAACCCAAAGGAGCAAAAAUCACCCUCAGCGAAGAAGAAACGAAAGAAAAAAUUUACAAAUAUAUGAAGCAAACGAAUAGACCCUACUCAGUCAUUAACGUUUACGACAACCUACACGGCACCAUCAGCAAAAACGUCGUCCAAAAGUUAAUGGACGAGCUAAGUGCAGAAAAAAAACUGCAGUGUAAGGAAUAUGGGAAAGCCAAAGUAUAUCUCGUCAACCAAAGGGAAUUUAAAAGCCUAAAUGUGCAAGAAAUGGGGAAGUUAAAAAAGGACAUGGAAAUGAUGAGAGAGCAAAUGGAAGUGGCCAAGAAUGAUCUUACCCAUUUUGUAAAAAUAAAAAAAAAAAUCAUUCAAGAUUUAGAGCUUGUAGAAAAUGUGGGUAAAUACAAAAAGGAGUGCCAGCUAGUGGAGGAGGAAAUCAAAAUGUGUGAAGAGGCAAACAAAGCAUGCAAGCUAACUGCUGACGAAAUUGGACUGAUUAAAAAGCAGCAUGGCUACUUGCACGCCAUGUGGCUCAAGAGGAAGAGCCUCUGCGUGGAAAUAAUCAAGUGCGUCGCCACCUUAACGGACAAGGACUCCAAGGGCGUCAUCUUCCACUUGGGCAUCGACGUCGACGAGGACGUGGUGCCGCCCGGCUUGUACGCCUAG